GUUUACAUUAUGGCUACUAAACAAAUCAACAAAUAUCUUUUGCCCCUGUCUUCCUCUAUAAAUAUCAGAACUAACCCUGCUCUUUCAUUUGCAACCCAGCCAAAAAAAGAAAAAGAAAGUCUCUACGGUUUUUCAAUCUCCACCAGUGUAAUGGCGUCCAAGAAAAUCCACCUCUUCAGGCAAUCAGCCGUGAAAGCUGGAACCUCUGGCAGAUAUUACAUCAACCCAUCUGAGAAACUGAUGAGUAGAACAUCCGAAUGGGGAGUUGUAGAACGUGAAGAUGGUAUUGAGUUGAUUUUCAAUGAGUCUGUUUUUGGGGAUAUUCCAUUUUUUGGCAAAAUAUACAACAACCAGGCUAUCGGCGAUGCUGAAAACAAGGAUGAUGACUAAAGUUACUUAAUGAACACCAAUUUUUUUGAUGUUAAGAAGAUGAUUUGUGAGAUUAGGGAUGGAGUUUCAAAAUUUCACGUUCCUAAAAUCAAAGUUGAAGAAAACAAGAAGAAGUUGGUUGUUGGAGUGCAGGCUAAGUAGCAGUAUUAGUACUAGUUAUAAGAAAACUGGAAGGUGGCUUCUCUUCUUUGGCUUAAUUUUAUGAAAAAUGUCUUUCUAGUUUUUUUCUUUUUCUCUAGGUUUUUUGGUUUCAGUUUCUAUGUAUGGGUUUUUGAGAGUUAUGGAAAGGUUUGUAUUUUGAUUAUCAGGGUGCUUAAUGAGAAUCAAAAUACAUAUAUAACUGAUGUAAUCCUUCCAUGGUUUAUAGUUUUCCUUUA